CAAUAAUAUCCUUUCUCUAAAGUGCAAACGAAAGUAAACAGUGACCAAGAGCAAUUUAUUUUCUAUUGUUAUUUAGACGAUUAUUAACGACAUGGAACUCAGAAUAUGACUAAUUUAACAGCAAAGCAUCACAUACCUACCCCCAUGUAAUAUUUAAUUCGCGUUGGAGAGGACUUGGUUGAUAUAUGUUAUCUAGGUAAGGCUAGUUACUUUACCUGCUAACAAUGGCUAACGUUACUAACUGUAUGGUUUUUCACACUCAAAUUGCCUCCAUCAUGGAGGUGCUAGCGAAUGCAGCCGUGGCAGAUAUCUGUAAACUCGUAGACGACGACUAUGCAGUGUUUCGUUUGGAAAUAACUCAUAGCCAGAAAGAAAACAGGGCAUUGCGGAGAAAACUACAGCUACUGGAACUGAAGUUGGAACAGGAGCGCGCAGAGAGGACAACGAGAGAGCGCGUCCUCGCCAGUCGUCCCAGUAGUGUCAAGAUCCUUGACCGAUACAGAGGAAUGGCAAGAGGACAUCUCACUGGAGGCCACAGGAGCUUUGUGAAGCCAGCGGGACACAACGUGUGGAGAAAUGACAAACCCAUAGCUAUAGAUGAGGGGAGUGGAACCUCAAUGCAGAAUGUUAUUGUGAUAGAGUCUGCAGAUGUAGAGGCUGCAGGUCCUGGGGUCAAGCAGGAGAGGUCUGAAGGAGAGGAGGACCCACGGCACAGCAGAGACAUCCAAACUGGAGCAGCCGCCGGAGUAGCGCUUCCUGUAGUUCCGAAAGACCUCGCCGCCGUGCCCCAGGCCAGGACCCGACGCCGCAUCACAGAGGAGGAGAGUCUCGAGUUGCUGUUGGUGAAGGAAGAGGGUCUUGGGAACCCUGAGGGGACCAUGAUCAUGGAGGACAACCAGACUACAUCUCCUCCUGAGCUGCACAGUACCACACAUAGUCUCACUGAGUCAGUAGACAUGGAGGAUGGGAAGCCUGAUCUGCUGCUGGUCAAAGAGGAGACAAUAGAAGACGAACCAGAGAGCAUUGACCUGCUGAGUGGACUAAAGAUGGGGGAGCAAGGUGGUUGGCUGGAGGCUAACAGAGGAGACUGGGCAUCCAUCUUGGAUUCCCAGACCGGUGCAGCCACUGAGCAGGCAAGGACCAGAGGCGACAUAGUGGAGUCCUGUGGAUGGGACAAUGUCCUUAACUCUGGGCUGGGGAACAACACCUUUAACCACAACCAGAAACAGACUGUCGAACACAAAACAACAACCAAACUUAGUAUCCAUGACAACAGACUGGCUGAGACCAGGGCGAGGCGUAGAUUUGGUCUGCGGGGACGAGGAGGUGUACAUAUGCAGCAGGAGGGAACAGAUACAGACUCGGCUAGCGAUGCUCCAUCCUGCUCCUAUAGUUGUGAUUCAGAGAGACUGAUGGCGCCUCAGGUUAACUCCCUAACAGAUGCUGCCUUCAGCCUGCCUUCUAUAGGAUCUAUCAACUGGAACAUGGACCCUGCGACAACACAGACACUCCCCGGUCUUCAUCCUCCUCACACUCUCCUAAUGUUAAACCAGACCUCAGACAAUGCCAGUGCCUCAACACUAAAUGGCUACACAAGCCCAUUGACAAAUAACAGUAGUAGUGACGCUAUCAGUAGAUCCGGUGGCAAAGAGAAGCGCUUUCUGUGUCCAUUCUGUGGGAAAGCCUUCAGUUUCCCAAAACAGGUGGAGAUCCACCAGAGGAUGCACACGGGGGAGAAACCGUUCAGCUGCCACCUGUGCCUGGCUAGUUUCUCCGACUCGUCCAACCUGAAGAGGCACCAGAGGGUUCACACAGGGGAGAAACCCUUCACCUGCCCCCAGUGUGAGAAGAAGUUUUCCCACCAGCACCAUCUGAAGAAGCACCUGAAGGUUCACACGGGAGAAAGGCUGUAGGCACUGCGAGAAGAGGUUCUCAGAGAGGAGCUACCUCAGCAUACACCAGAAGAAAAACCAUUCCACUCAAUAACAUCGAAAGAAGCCAUUCCACUCGAUAGCUUCUGACAUUUCAAUCAAACCCUGCAUUAAAGCUAGACUCAGGUAGAUGAUGUACAUGCACAAAGUAAACAACAGUAGUGGGUCAAUUUGCGCAACAACUAAGCGUGAGGCUUAACUUCUCUGCGGUUUUGGUAACACAGCUACCAUGUUGUAGCAACGUGAAGCGAACCCGUGUGCAUGCACAGAUACAGCUGCACAGCUGGAUGAGGUAAACUGAGGAAAGAAUGUGUAUGAUGAGGCAGAGUAGUGAUGUUGAACCUUUUACAGAGUAUUCUAAAAUGUAUUUUUUUAUCAACAUAGUGAGAAGUUAUUAUACUUGUCACAGAUUGUUUUUGAAAGUAGGGGAGAGUGGGGUAAGUUGAGCCUUUUCAUACAUUCAGGGAGCUUGCAAUUGGCAUGCUGACUGCAGGAAUGUCCACCAGAGCUGUUGCCAGAGAAUUGAAUGUUCACUUCCUGCCUCUUACGUUCUUUUUGUGAAAUUGGCAGUUUGUCCAACUGGUCUUGCAACUGCAGGCCACGUAUAUAGCAUCCUGUGGGCAAGCGGUUUCUGAUGUCAGUGUUAUGAACAAAGUGCCCCAUGGUGGCGGUGGGGUUAUUGUAUGGGCAGGCAUAAGCUACGGACAACAAACACAAUUGCAUUUUUAUUGUUGGUAAUUUGAAUACACAGAGAUCUGUGACCAACAGAUGCACAUCUGUAUUUCAUGUCAUGUGAAAUCCAUUGAUUAGGGCCUAUUGAAUUUAUUUCAAUUGACUGAUUUCCGUAUAUGAACUGUAACUCAGUAAAUUUUGGGAAAUUGUUGCAUAUUGCAUUUUAUAUUUUUGUUCAGUAUAUUUCAGGAUGUUGUGUAUCCCUGGAAAUAAUCUGAAUAUAUUUAAACAUUACAGUUUAGAAAACAGACCACUUUUUUUCAACAAGCUAUUGGCUCAACUUAUGGGGUAAGUUGAGCUGCGGGACAGGGUAAGCUACACAUUUUUGUUCUGUACCAUUUUUAUUUACAAAACAACAUUUUUAAAAUCCCCCCCCAAAAAGAAAGAAAUUCAACACAAUUGCUUUUUGGUAUUUUAAUUAUUUAAAAAAUGAACACAAGCUUAACACCUAACAUAGUGUCCUCCAAGCUCAUCACUAAGCUAAGGACCCUGUGACUGAACACCUUCCUCUGCAACUGGAUCCUGGAAUUCCUGACGGGCCGCCCCCAGGUGGUGAGGGUAGACGACAACACAUCUACUACACUGAUAAUUAACACGGAGGCCCCACAAGGGUGCAUCCUCAGCCCCCUCCUGUACUCCCUCUAUACCCACGACUGCGUGGCCUCACACAGUUCCAACUCCAUCAUCAAGUUCGCUGACGACAUGACAGUAGUAGGCCUGAUUACCAACAACGAUGAGAAGGCCUACAGAGAGGAGGUAGGUACUCUGAUGGUGUGGUGCCAGGUAAAUAACCUCUCCCUAAAAAUCAGCAAACCAGGAGGAACCAGGCUGGAUGCCCCCCAUCCUCAUCAACGGGACUGCCAUGGAGAAGGGGAAAAAAACAUUAAGUUCCUCGGCGUACACAUCUCCAAGGAGCUGAAAUGGUCAAACCACACAGACACUGUGGUGAAGAAGGCAAGACUGCGAGUCUUCAACCUCAGGAGGCUUGAUGCCUGUCCCCGAGGGUCCUCACAGUGUUCUACAAGAGCACACUGUCGAGCUGCAUCACAGCCUGGUAUGGAAACUCCACCGCCGCUGACCGCAAGGCUCUACAGAAGGUGGUACGCCCAUUUGAACACAACAUUGGGUUCACACUGCCUGUCCUUCGGGACACCUAAAACAGCAGGUGUCGCAGGAAGGCCAAGAAGAUCAUCAGGGACCCUCAGCCACCAGAGCAACUGCCUGUUCUCCCCGCUUCCAUCACUCAGUACUGCAAAAACUGUCAGACUGGCCUAUAGCUUCUACACCCAGACCAUCAGGCUGCUGAAUAAUCACCGCUAGACAGCUACCCGCCCCCCCCGGACAUCCUACCCUCUGCCCCCCCCAUGGGCACUCUUCACCCCCAACUGACAUUUACCCUGCCCCCACCCCCCAAUGGACAUUUAUCAUUGUUGUGGUUGUAAAUAUGUAUAUUGUUAUUUUUUAUUAUUGUUUCCUUCACUUUUUUUUACCUGCACUGUUGGAGCUCGGAGCUUAAAAAUGUCUCCGUACCCUGCUGUUACACAAAUUACACCUGUGCAUGUGACUAAUAAACUCAUCUAAUCAAUA